AUGGAACCCAAUCGUCAAAUCCUACAAGGCCGUCCUUCAGUCCGUCCACGCAGCCAUUCUGACCCAUCCAGCGGUCGAUCUGGGCAGCCACCAGUCUUUUCGAGCAGUGAAACUUCCACCCAGAUAGUUCAACUCGGCCCGGUCGCUACUAAGUCAAACUAUAUGCGUGCCAUGGCCGAAAUGCACUCUAUCACCGGUGGCUUGGAAGUUUCAGUUCAACCAGAAGCCGGGCCUAUUGAUGAAAUCAGCAAACUGAUGCAAAACUGCAGCAUCACCAACAAUCAACCACCAAAAUUAUUCAAUCAUACCUUCCUGGAGCAUUUCAAGAUCCCAAUCAACGAUUGGAGCCUCGGGUUAGUCACUACCGCGAGGCAGACCGGGGAUUACAGUCAGCUAGCUAGGAUUGUCGUUGUUCUCGAACACUUUAGCGGCACUCUAGGAACACAAUAG